AUGGGGGCCACUUCCUACAUUAUUUCUGCUCAGAGGAGAAGAGCGAGCGGUCUUAGUUUGAACAAAAUGGCUGCAAGAACGCUGUCAACGAGAGCUCACUGAACGCAUUAUGACUGUCCACUCCUACAUUUGGAUUUUUCGAGAAUGUAUUUUCUUGGAUUCGUUUUUCAAUUUGCAUUCGUAGUAGCAAGGUCGUCGGUCAGAUGUUGUUGCUAACCUGCUAGCUCCUCAGCUAGCGGCCUAAACACAAAUAAUUUCAUUUUGCACUUUAACCCAAGUUUCCUAGCUAGCUAGCCAUUGUCGUCGACAAUUUACUGAAAUCUGCCUAUUUUCUUUCAUUUGCAAAUUACUCCUUACAACAGUCGAUGACUAAUGCCAACUAGCUAACGUUAACGUUAACUCCGCUACUUUUUGAGUCGGAAUUGUUUCUCUUGCUUUUUCGUUUUGCUGUUUUUUUUCUAUAUCGUGAUACUUACGUUUAGCAUGUUUUUUUGUUGCGACAAUUUUACUUUUAGUGCAUCGUUGCGCUAAAAUACAAAUUUCUUACUGUGUGUAUUUCAAGUAUCGAUCUCGGUAUUUUUGUUAUUAAGCUGCUCAAACAGUUAUCCUGUCAGUCAGUAAGCCCCUGCAGCAAGAGAGCUGCACUUGGCUAAUGCUAGCUAGCUGGAUAACUGCGAAGACUGAAUUCCUGAUUUGUAAUUUACGGGUAUUUUUCGGAAAAGGCACAGCAGAAUGCUUUUCUGCAUCGUUCUCUUUCAUGCACAAACUCUGUAUUGAAAGCUGCCAAAGCUCAACGUGUGAUUACGCAAGCUGAGAGAAGCGAACAACACGAGAAGAGAACCAUUUGAUGGAAGAAAAUAAAAAGCAAGAAAAGACCAAGAAGGAAGCUGCUCAGAAACAGGCUGCUGACACGAAAACCAAAGUGCCAGAGCCAGCUAAGCCCAGCCCCGGUCCCCUCCACCACCCCACCACCAGUGUGACCCUGCCCCAGGCCUCACAUCCCCCCUCCUCCUCCUCUUCAGUCAGAACCAAUGGGAAGCGCGCCCCCCCUAGCACCCAGCAAACACCACAGCAGCUGACCCCUCCGCCGUCGUCCUCAGGCCCCCGCUACCCGCCCCGUGAGGUUCCCCCGCGUUUCCGCCAGCAGGAGCACAAGCAGCUACUGAAGAGGGGCCAGCCACUGCCAGCCGGAGCCCUGAGUAGCCUCACCGUGACCCCUGCCUCUGACCCGCUCAUCUCCGGUGCCCCCCCUUCUUCCUCCUCCGCAGGCAAGCGCCACACAGACCUGCCCUUCCAGAGUGGUCCUGGUGCCCAGCAUGAGAAUCCCCACUGGGGAGCCUUACCACCAGCCACCGACCGCAGCAGCAGCACCACCAGUAGUAGCUGGGAUCAAGUGAUCAUCGACGGGAGCGACACCGAGGCCUGGCCCUCAAUCAGUCGCAGCAGCGUCAGCCGACCAGCGAAUCCUCCAGAAUGUGCCACAGCCGCUGACUGUACGAACCCAGAGACCAGCAGCAACAUGAGCAUGGCCGCGGGGGUUACUAGCCAGCAGGCCCACUACCCCUCCUCUCUCAAAGCUAACGUCGCUAACAUAGCUAGCAUGAUGCAGCCUAGCGGUGGCCAGGGAGUUGGAGCCAUCGGCAGCAGGGGCUGGGGCUCCGGACCAGGACCCAUCUCCAUGGGCCCCACUGAGGGAGCCGCCAAACCCGACGGCCUUGGGCCCAACCUGGGUCGGAGUGGAGGAGCACCCAGCUGGAACUCCCAGCCCAGCUUUAGCCUGAACCUGAACCCCAACGCCAACCCCUCGGCCUGGCCCGUGCUGGGGCAAGAGGGGGCUGGAGGUGGCCCGAACCCCGCCCCACUACCACCCAACGGUAUCCUGGGCAAUGGGAGCCUGGGAGGGGACGAGAACAACAGCAGCAGCACCUGGGGAGGCAUGAUGAGCCCUGAUGCCCCGUCCUCCAAUAAGAAUGUGUCUUUCAGCAGCAUGGAACACCCCAACCUUAACACUGACGGACAAAACAGCCACCACACUAAGCAGCCCCUCAGCCCCAUCCACGGGCUGCCCGGCUGGGGAGGCCAGUCCCCUACUGAGUCCUCCCAGCUCAACGGAGACGCAGGGAGCUCCGUCUGGGGCAACGAAGACACCAAGACAUCCGCUAACUCCUCCUCCAAGAACUCAGGCUGGGACUCAGCACCCUCCGGAGGCAUGUCCGGCUGGGGCCACUCUGGCAGCGGAGGAGGCGGGAGUGGCAGUGGAGAAGGAGGCUGGGGAGGAGACUGGGGGAAGCACUCCAGCGGUGGAGGAGAGGUCAAAGGAGGCUGGGAUUCCUCAGAUGGCCCAGCCCAGGACCAGCAGGUGAGCUCCUGGGGCCAGCCAACCCCGGCCCCGGCUAGUGAGGGUAGCGGGAGCGGUGGCAGCGAGGGGCACAUCCAUCGCAGGGAUCAGACUGGCAGCGAGGACGGAGGUCCCCCUCCCCUGUCUCGGCAGGACCUGGACCCCCGUGUGCUCUGCAACACAGGCUGGGGCCAGACGCCCGUCCGCCAGCACACCUCCUGGGAGAUGGAGGAGCAGCGUGCCGCCAACGAUAGGAAGACCAGCGAGAUGAGGGGAGGCGGUGGAGGGGACACAUGGAGGGGCUCCAACAGCCCCUCUUCUGGAUCCCCACCGGACCCCCGGAACGGGGGAGCCAACCCCAGCCUGGGACCAUCUCAGAGGCCAGGCUCAGGGGGCCCCGGAGGCAAGAGUGAGGGCCCUUCAGGCUGGGGAGGCCCUCCACCCUCAAGCUGGGGGGAGCAGCCUGUCAACAAGGCCCCCAACGGUUCCGUCAGUGGCUGGGGGGACCCCAUGGCCCAAGGCCCCAAUACCACAAACAAUGGCCCAAAGAGUGGAGGUCAAUCCUGGGGUGUCCCUGAGGAGAAAUCCUCCCCUACCUGGGACGACGGGCCAGCCAAGACCCAGCAGAACCUAACCCAGAGCUGGGGAGAGGGGCCCAAGUCCUCCUCCCACGGCUGGGGCUCCGGCCAUGGAAGUGGCAGCAAUGGAUCCAACGGCUCCAACGGCGGAGAGUGGAGAGAACCGGCCGAGGUGAAGAAGAAUGGGUCCUCCAGCCACAUGUGGGAAGGAGAAGGAGGAAAUGGACGAGGAGGAGGGUGGAAGGACAGCCCCAGAGGGGGUGGAGGAAAUGGGGGCGGCUGGGGGUCGAAGCCUGCCCCUGCUGUUGGUGGCUGGGGGGAGACCCAGAACCAGCAUCCCAACGGCCCAGCACCAGGAUGGGGCUCCAAGCCCCAGGAAUGCCCCAGCGGCCCAGCACCAGGAUGGGGCUCCAAGCCCCAGGAAAGCCCCAGCGGCCCAGCACCAGGAUGGGGCUCCAAGCCCCAGGAAAGCCCCAGCGGCCCAGCACCAGGAUGGGGCUCCAAGCCCCAGGAAAGCCCCAGCGGCCCUGCACCAGGAUGGGGCUCCAAGCCCCAGGAAAGCCCCAGCGGCCCUGCACCAGGAUGGGGCUCCAAGCCCCAGGAAAGCCCCAGCGGCCCGGCACCAGGAUGGGGCUCCAAGCCCCAGGAAAGCCCCAACUGCAAUAGUGGAGGAGGUGGACCAGGAGGAGGCAGCAUGGGGUCCUGGGGCGGCCCUGCAUCUGUAAGGCAGAGUUCCAACCCCGGCUGGGGCCCGGGGAGCUCCGGAGCCAAACCCGACCCAGCGAUGGAGCCCACUGGCUGGGAGGAACCCUCUCCUCCCUCCAUCCGCCGCAAGAUGGAGAUCGAUGACGGCACGUCCACCUGGGGAGACCCCAGCGCCUACAACAAGACCGUGAAUAUGUGGGACCGCAACAACCCCACUGGAGGUAACGGUAACCAAGGGAGCAACCCCACCCAGCCGCCGACCAGCAAGAGUAGCGGAGGCUUGACCGUCAACAACAGCCACAACAACCACUCCUCCGUCCCCCCUAGCAACAACAACCACCACCACAUGAACCACCACCACCUGCACCACAGCCAGCCCCACGGCAACAACAAUGGAUCCGCCAACACCGCCGCUCCGCACCAGGGCGGAGGACCCCAGGGCAGACCACCUAUGGCCAACCCAGGCUGGGGGGAGUUGCCCAGUGUCCAGCAGCCCAAGCCAGAGCCGGCGUGGGGGGAGCCCGCUGGCCCCUCUCCUGCAGUGGACAACGGCACCUCUGCCUGGGGCAAACCCCCUGGUGUUCCUGGAGGCUGGGGCGAUGGGGGGCACGAGCCCAAUGGACCCUACAGGAGGGGAAACAACGGACCCUCUGGACCUGCACCCUGCAAGCCAGCCCUCAAAUCUAUGCAAGACGGUUGGGGAGGCGGGAGGGAGGAGGAGAUGGGCAUGUCUUCUGGCCAAUGGGAUGCUGAUGCCGGAGAAGUGUGGAACAGCCCCGCCUCCCAGGAGAACAACUCCUCCUGUAACUCGUGGGGCCAGCCACCCAAGAAGGGCCCACCCAAGGGCAAGAUGGGCAACCAGCCAGACGAAGCCUGGAUCAUGAACCGUCUCAUCAAGCAGCUCACUGACAUGGGUUUCCCGAGGGAUCCUGCUGAGGAGGCUCUGAAGAGCAACAACAUGAACCUGGACCAGGCCAUGAGUGCUUUGUUGGAGAAGAAGACUGAACUGGACAAGCGGGGCAUGGGCAUGUCAGACUACAACAACGGGAUGAACAAGCCGUUGGGUUGCCGUCCUCAGGCCCUCUCCAAAGACCCCUCCUCGGACCGCAGCCCAUUCCUAGACAAGGACGGUGGUCUGUCAGAUGACGCCCCCCCUUCACCGUUUCUGCCUUCUCCCGUCAGCCUGAAGCUCCCCCUGGUUAACAACCUGCAGCCUGGGCUGGCCCUGGGCUCCCCGGGGCUCAACAUGCAGAACUUAAACAACAGACAGAUGCAGAGUGGAAUGUUGGGCAGUAGUGGAGCAGCACUAUCCCGGGCCAUGCAGCAGCCGCCUCCUCAGCCGUCAGUGCCGCCUCUCGGCUCCUCCCAGCCUAGUCUACGCGCUCAAGUGCCUCAGUUUCUCACCCCUCAGGUUCAAGCACAGCUCUUGCAGUUUGCUGCAAAAAACAUUGGUCUGAACCCUGCACUUUUAACCUCACCAAUAAACCCUCAACAAAUGACCCUGUUGUACCAACUUCAGCAACUGCAAAUGGCGUACCAGCGUUUACAAAUCCAGCAGCAGAUGAUGCAAGCUCAGCGCAACGUCUCCGGUCCCAUCAGACAACAAGAGCAGCAAGUUGCACGUACAAUCAAUAACAUGCAGCAACAGAUCCAACAGCACCAGCGUCAGCUGUACCAGGCCUUGCUGAUGAAGCAGCAGCCCCCCGGCUCCCACUCCUCCUCAGGCCUGCACCCCGGCCAAGGCAAAUCAGCCCUGGACUCAUUCCCAGGCCACCCCCAGGCUCCGGGCCUCUCCGACCUGCACACCAAAGAGCCGCAUUCUUCUCCCAGCUCCUACAGCCCCUACCCCCUCUCUGGACUCAAUCCAAACAUGAAUGUAAACUGCAUGGAGGUGGGGGGCCUGUCCAUGAAGGAGCCUCCCCAGCCUCAGUCCCGUCUAUCCCAGUGGACCCACCCCAACUCCAUGGACAGCCUCUCUGGAAACUCCUCCCACAUGGAGGCCAACCUCAAUAAGCACGGUGCCAUUUCUGCUGCUUCUAAUCUGGGGCCCCCUGGAAAGCCCCCCCACAUGGAUGACUCCUACAGCCCCUACAGUAUGAUGGGUGGGUCUGAGUCCCCCACCUCCCCCCUGGUUCCCCCUGACAGCUGGGGCCAGGGACCGGGAAAGAGCCCCAAGGACCAGAUCACCAACGGAACGAAUAUCAACUGGCCCCCAGAGUUCUGUCCAGGCGUGCCCUGGAAGGGCCUGCAGAACAUUGACCCUGAGAACGACCCCAACAUGACCCCAGGAAGUGUUCCCAGCGGCCCCACCAUCAACACCAACAUCCAGGACGUCAACCGCUACCUACUCCGUGACCGCAGCGGAGGCUCCUCCCCUCCUUCACCGCCUCAGAACGGUGCUCUGCCCCCCUCCGCGGACUGGCCAGUCAGUGGCUGCUACACUAGCUCUUUCAGUCUGUCCUCCCCGGAUGAGGAGAGUGCAGGUAAACUAUCUGACAUGAAGUCCACCUGGUCCCCGGGGCCCAUCUCCCACCCCUCCCAGGCCUCUCUGUCCCACGAGCUGUGGAAGGUCCCCCAGGGGCCCCGCAACAACACAGCCCCCUCCAGGCCACCUCCGGGCCUCACCAACCCCGCCAAGCCCUCCUCCACCUGGGGAGGAAACUCCCUGGGCCUGGCCCAAGGCUGGAGCAGCUCAUACACCUCAGAGGGCACAACCUGGAGCACAGACAGCUCCAACAGGACCAGUAGCUGGCUGGUACUGAGGAACCUCACCCCCCAGAUAGACGGCUCCACCCUGCGGACGCUGUGCAUGCAGCACGGCCCCCUCAUCACAUUCCACCUCUUCCUGACCCAGGGAAACGCUGUGGUGCGAUACAGCUCCAAGGAGGAGGCUGCCAAGGCCCAGAAGUCCCUGCACAUGUGUGUGCUGGGGAACACCACCAUCCUGGCAGAGUUUGCCGGGGAGGAGGAGGUGAACCGCUACUUUGCACAAGGCCAGCAGCAGCAGCUUCCGCCCACCACCAGCUGGCAGCCUAACCCCGGCACCAAUCAGACGCGCAUGGGCGGAGGCUCGCAGCAGCACGCCAUUGGCCAUCACUGGAGUGGCGGCCUUGGGGGAGGAGCCAAGACCGGCGGAGACCUGCUGUGGGGGGGCGUGCCCCAGUACUCCAGCCUGUGGGGGCCCCCUAGUGGCGAUGAUAGUCGCGGCGUUAUCGGGAGCCCCAACCCCAUUAACACGCUGUUGCCAGGCGACCUGCUGAGUGGAGAGUCCAUGUAGGACAACACACUAACAAACCAACCAUGAGGACGGAUGUGUCAACGCUGGAACAGACAGUGGAAAAAUAAUAAUAAAUACACACAAAAAUUACAAUGAACAGGAACAAAACCAAGCAAAUCAUGUGGCGAUAAUCAGUAUCAACGGAACUGUGAAUCGUGUACCGGAAGGCUGGGGGCGACGACACAAGACUGCUGACCCCUACGCCCUUCGGUUUUUACGUUUUUUUCCCCCUCCUUUUUAGUUGACUUUUUAAAAGGGGAUUUUGUUUUUAGUAUUUGAUAAAUGUUGGAAGCAAACAAAAAUGAAAUGCUGAAAAGACUCAAUGAAGAGAGAACCAUUAAGUGUUUUUAAGUUUUCCAUGAAUAUCGCACAUUCUGUGUGAAAUGUUUUUUAGGAGAAGCAAUCGUAGAAGCUGCCAUUUUGAAUCUUUCCUUUGCCCACGAAACUACAAAUUGAUUAAAAAAAGGCCAUUCCCAGCAUGCCCGUGGUUUAAAGACCUUUUACUUACGUUAUUGUUUUGUUUCCAAGCACUAAUAUUAGCCUUAAGCGCUCUACUGCGGCCCAGGUCCUCCUUCAAUCUCAAGCCUUUUUCAUUGUUUUGAAACUGAAGAAAUAUUGUGAUUUUGAAAGCUUGCUCAGUUCCCAUCUCUGAGCCAGUGAAUGGAACAGAACAAGUGUGAUCAACCAAGGUCGUGUUCACUAGGAAUGAAACGGAAGCAAGCGGACUGAAACUGAGGGACUACCUGAACUUUGUCCAAUAAGAAAUGCUUGUUUUCGCAUGCUGUUGCAAAACGUUUUGCCACGUGUGCACCUAAUGAAUAUGACCCCCAAGUCACUCGGCAGUAUGAGGCCUGUCAACACUGACCGAACCAAUCAUCAGUUAAAACCUUUUUCCGUUUUUCUGGUCGUUCAAUUGUUCUUAAAAGGGAUUUACACUGCUGUUUUUGUUCUUUUUGUAUAUCGGGCGCAUUUUUAUAUCUAUCGCAACAUAAGCUGAGAGAUUAUUACACAUCGACAGACCUAGCUGCAUCUGUUUUAUGUGCGUUCUUGAGUAUAUGUCUGAUGGAACCUAAUCAUUCACGUCUGGGAGUUCAGAUUACCACUGCUCAGAACUACGACUUCAGCUAUACUCACCUAACGAGACUUACAGGUGCUUCUUGUCAAUUAUUAACAUUAUUAGUCGGUUCCGUUGUUAACCCUCUCGUCCCCAUUAUGGUCCACCAGUUUCUGGAAACGACGACAAAAAAAAUGAAAACGCUUCAACUUGAUGUGAAAGUUACAUUGUGCAAUAUAUAUGCCACAGACCCUUCUUCUUCCGUCCAUGCUCAAGUCCAAACAGGAACUGGUGUCUUUACAUUUUUCGUUCUUGAUUUUUGUUGUCAAAGAACUUAAGAACUACAGAAACUUUACCUUUUCUAAUUUUUGAUUCCCACCAGGUCACCCCUUGACCCCCCCAUGAAAAACCGUUGCGUUAACUCUUGCCGGAGAGGUGGAGCGAGCGAGGAUGUGUGUUCAGAAACUGUCUCUGCAGCCCUGAAACUCCUCAUACGUACACAUUGAACUGGGGUACAUGAGAAAGCACCAUCAGAAAGCCCUUCCUCUCCACGUUGCCACAGCCACACUGAACAGACUGAAUCCAGGUGGGGGAGUCACUGGAAGGUCACUGGAGAUCUGGCACAAUACCAAAUAAGAGGGGUUUAUCCUAAUGCAGUAGAUCUACUACGAGUGUUCCUUGUAUUUGGUACUGUGCAAAAAUGUAAAAGAUAGACUAAGUAACCUUUUGUCUAUUUCAAAGGGUUUUAUCAUAGCACUUAUGAAGAGAGCUAAACGCUUCAACUUGCAAACCAAUAAAUCAGAAAAAUGGAGCAGCAACUUUGAAAACUGAAAAAAAAAAGACAAAAAAAAGAACUCUUGCUCUUUUUGUACUGUAUCUAUACUUGGAAAUAACUUCUGGUAUUUGUUUGUUCCUCUUUGGUCCAAGGACUUGUAUGAACUUUAAAAUGGUAGCAGGAUGAAGAAAAGAAAAAAAAGGAAGUCUACUUUUAUCUGACAAAAAAGUCUGCAGUGUUUGAUUUUUUUCUAAAGACAUUUUCAUUUAACUAUAUCAAAGUGAAUAUCACUGUUACUCCAAAAUGUUUAGCCUUUUUCUUGUCUGGAGACACUAGACAUGCAAUGUUACCUGUCUCCGGCCAACGGUUGGUCGGAGUGGGGAGGGGGACGGUCACGGUCCACUGAGUGCCUCUCUGCUGUGGUGCCCAUGGCGAUGGUCGCUAGGCAAGGCUACCCCCACAGCAGCAUUUCCUCCUGGGCUGGCACCAAGCUCUCCCAUUAGACACCCUCAGCCCGGCAGGAAACCACGCUCCCUCCAAGACUGGCCAAUCAGCACGGAGCUAGCCAGCUAACGACCGCGCCAGCAGCACUCGACCUCGUCUCAACCAACCCUCUCCAUUUCCCCUAAUCUUCUUUCACACAAAGAUCACUUUAGCUGGAAGUCAAGAGACAGUCAAAUUUCUGGAAUUUUGCCAGUGUUUGAUUAAUUUUAUUUUGUUUUCGUUUGACGUUAUGUAUUUUUUGAUUUGUUAUUUUUGUCUACAUGCAGUGGUCUUUUCAAGAUGGCUGCUUGAAACUAGCCCUUUUCACUGUUCAUAUGCAGAAACACUUUGGUCAGAGGUGCCUCUGUAUGUUCAUCCUGUGUAUUGAAUGCAAACGAGGAUCAAUACUACAGCCCGUCAUUGAUUGUCUAUUAUUAGUUAGUAUCUUAACUGAUUGAUUGAUCAUUGCUUUGUUUUGGACAGUAUUCUGUAGUACUUCCAGGCAGUAUCUCAAGACGUGUAAGUUAGACCCAAUAGGGUGUCUCAGAUGGGUGAGUGUGUCCUGCCUGACCCUAGCUGCUCCACCUGGGUUCCACCAGGGCUGUCCCCUCUCGCCCGCUCACACAGCUGCUACUCUACACCCUCCAGUCCCCACCAAAGCAAACAACCUAGGCCAUGGCCCUCCCCCUGACCAGACAUAAACAGCGACUCAGUUCUGUUUCUAUGCAAAAGACUAGAGGCUGCGGGCCCUUUACAGCCAACGUGCCAAUCCUGCCUUAAGGGUUGAGCACUGACUCACAGAGCUAGACCCAUUUAACCUCUUGCUGUAUGUACCCUUCAGCACUUAGAAUAUGUCCGCUCCUGGUCCUUAUAACUGGGUUUAAACCACAACACUGUCGUAUUCCAAACUUCCACCCUCCCUCUAGGGGAGUUAGUACCACUGAAGUGGAGGUAUAGUAGGCCUCUCUUUACUGUGCUGAAGAAGACUGAUCUCCUGUCAGCUUGAUCUCAGGGUAGGAGAUGACGUUAAAAGAUGCAGCUCUCUCUGUAUGCAUGUCCUUUUGCUGUAGUGUAAGAGAGCCAAGUUCUACACUAACUAAUGGCAAGCUGUGCAGUAGUACUAUAGACUUGUUUUGGUUGGAGAAUUGUUUUUGGGGAAUGGGAUAGUAAUGGUUUCCCUUCCCAAUUAUAGGCCUACUGUAAUGUUACAAUGUAGAGGCCCAUUCUGCAUGUAAGAUGCCAAUGUUAUCCUAUGUGCCAAUACAAUAAAAUAUAUAGAUCUCAAACUAGCCCAUGUUAUACGAUCUGGAGAAAGAGCUCUUCUCUUCCCAGGAUAGAGGAUCUUUGAUAACCUUUGUGAUGGAGGAUCUUUGAUAACCUUUGAUGGAGGAUCUUUGAUAACCUUUGUGAUUUGAGGCAGGGGGGCAGGAGGGAUCAAACAGAUGGGUGGGGGCAACACACCUCAUCCUGAACCACUGAGAUAAUAUGGCCGGGUCUCUCAUGGCACCCUGUUCACUAUGUAGUGCAUUAUAUAGGGAUAUAGGGUGCCAUUUGUGGGGAAUGCCCUGUUGAUCAAAUCUUUGGCGGAUCCAAGUAUCCUAUGGUGCACAGUCAGUUUGAUGUUGGGUAAUCCUGGGUACAUAUUUUUUUAAACCAAAUGAAUUUCUUGCAUUUUAACGUCAUUUUAAUAUGAAGUUUGACACAAAAUCAAGAAGAAAAAAAUAUUUAAAAAAACAAAAAAAACAGACUAAAAUAAAAGAUCUAUAAUAUGUUAAAACUAAAGCUCUGCACUUCUAGCUGAAAUGUCUCCAGUCCAGCAACCUCUAACUUCUACCAUCCAGGGAGUCAGAAUGCAGGCUGGGGAGCCUUUUUGUGGAUGCUGUAUUUAUCCUAUUUGUUAGUUUCCUCUCAAAGCGGACCCACAACUGUAUAUUUCCACAGACCCAGAUGGCUUCGGGCCCACUGUAUCAGCCCAGGUCGCUCGCCUCACUGUUUCUGCGGUAGGCAACGAGAGUGGACGCAUUUCAAAAGGUACAAAGUCUUAACAAAAAAAAAUAACAAAAAAAAAAAUGGGAUAAGGCUACCUUUUUGGGACUGUUCGGCGUCCUGCAGCACACUAGCAAAAAUCACUAUUGCCUGUUUCUGUAACUGCCUUGAUCCAAGCUCAGAGACCAAUUAGCCGGGUGGGGGCCUCCAAACGUCCGCUCGGUGUGUGUGCACCAGCACUGAGGGGCAGGCCGUGCUCUCUCUCUACUGCUUAACUAUAGAUAUAUGGAUAUGUACGCUCGGUGUGUGUGGUAGGUAGCACAUCAACAGACACCUUGGAUCUCAAUCUCUGAAACCUUUUAUUCCUCUUAAAAGGUCUGGGUUCAAUACAAACUGAAGAUGAGCAAUAUGUAUUCCCCCCGCAAAUAAGUGAUACGAAGGAAAUGGAAUGGGUUUAGUGGUUAAACUGGUACUUGAUGGAUCAUGAGUAAUGUCUUUCCUACCUGGAGUUGGAUAUGCACGUUCUGGAUUUAUGAACAUAUUACAGUAAGUACCUUGAACUACUUGUACUGUAUGUGAAUUGGUCUAAACAAUCCAACCUGAAAUCACCUGUUUUUUAAAUGCAUACUUUCCCAGUAGAGAAAAAUAUCAUUAAACAUAUCAACACAAAAAUAUAAACACAAAUACUUGAAUCAAGGAGCGCCAAUAACGUAAUGUGAAGUCUCUUUUGUAAAAAAAAAAUGUAAAAAAAAACAAAAUAAAAAACAAUUUGACUAGUACACUUCCAAGCUUGAGGUCAUCAAUUAAAAAAGAUUGGAGAAAAAAAGUGCAAAAAUCAUUUGGUUGUGUGCUUGAAAGUCAAAUGUAUGUGUGCAAACAACUGUGUGCUUGGCAGGCUUAGGACUGCUGUCAUGUUCCAUUCAGUAUGUUGUGUAUUGACAUUGUUGUCUGUUCUUUUAUUCAGUUUAUUUUUUGCUUGUCAAAACUAUAUUCUGAUAGACAUUUAUCUUCUAACGUUGCACUGAGUGUCUUCUACCCCUCACUCAGCUAAUCGUAGACAAACGAGGGGAGAGUGACAAUUCAUGUGUAAAUGUUUACUCAAGGACUUAAUGGAAAAAAAGUUUUUGUUUUAUCUGUAAAAUGUUUAUCUACCUUAGUGGCUUUUAUUGUGGAAUAAUCCAAAACAAGGAUUAUCAUAGAGUAUUGCACCAUUUUGUUCUGAUUACAUACAAAUGUCAUGAAAAAAGACAAAAAAAAUGAUCUAAGAAUUGUGGCCAUAGGUGGUAGGACUAGUAAUCUCUUAACUUCAUGGAGAAAUGGAAAGGGAUAAUGUGGGGAGAUGAGUUUGUUACAGGACUCAUUUCAGAGGUGCCUAUCUUAUUUUUUUUAUGCAUAGCCACCCGCCGUUUACAAACAUUUCAUUUGUCUGAAGUUGAGGAAAAAGGAAUUUAGAAGAAAUGUUGAAAAAGACAAAUUCCAUCUUCCAUCAAAAAUAUGAACAUAAAACAAACUUUGCAAAAUGAAGAUUUAUGCUACUUUCAGAACUCUGGGAUUGAUCAGUGUUGUGUUUUUAAUUUCUCUUUUUUUUUAUGUCGACAGACUGUAUGUAUUGAAUUAUUUGAAUUUUGUCUUUGUAAAAAGACAACGCAAUUUGCUCACUAUCUUGCACACUCGUAAAGAUGUGGAUCUUGUCUCGGGAAGGCCAGGAUUUCCAGAGUUCAAACUCCACCAUUUGUAUUUAAAUUUGAGAGUUUUAAAUUACAAUAACUUUGAGAAAUGUAACUCCAGGCACUGAACGUUAGGGAUUUAAAUAGAAUAUGAUAUACCAUUGCUUCUAAAAAUCCAUAGCAGUUACAUAAUUUACCAAAUAAAUGACUGAAAAUGAACUUUGAGAGAGAAAAAGUAGAGUGCUUUACAUGUAAAAUUGCUUUACAUUUAAACAAAAUUGAUAAAUGGUUUUAAUUGUCAAACGGCAGUGAUUAGUUUUACUUAUGCAUUUUCUUUGAGGUUCCAUCCUGUAACUUUCAGGAGCUUUGUGCAUUACUGUCUCGGUUCCUGUGGCAGAUAUUCAAUGAGUUAAGAGAUUCUGUCUAAUAGAUGGUUUUCAGGAGACAGAUUUGAAGUGUGGGGGGGUAGCUGGUUUUUAAAGGAUCAUGAUCUAUGCACAAGUGGGAGGGAGAGUCCAGGCCUGCUUUUCUCUUGGGGCCCGGAACUCGUACUCUGGGGUUCAGGGUUUGAUGUAGGGGUGUGUCUUUGUGCUACAAAUUUGCUAUGUUAGAUUUUCUUCCCCCUCAUCAGAUUUAUGGCAAAACUUUGUAUUGCUUCGCCAUGCUGUGUAAUCCUUAAGCAAUGAGCGCUUAUCCUUCUGCUAAAGCACUGUGGGUUAUACUGAGAAAAAGCCCAUGACUUUUAAGGCGGUCUGGUUUUUGUAAGGGGGGGAGGAGGUGGUACUCUGCCUUUUUAUUUAAAAAAGAAACAUUAAGGAGAAAUGUCUGUACUGAGAAAGUUGUGGCUUUUAAUGUUUUUUUUCUCCUCAUAGAAUGUGAUUGUUAAUGACAUGCACCGGAAAACAUGUUUCCAUGAGUUAUGGAGCUUCUUUCGGACUAUAUUAAUAAAUUGACAUUUUUCUUGGCUGUUAAAAA